AAUGGAAAGCAAUUAAAAAUGAAUUAAAAUUCCAGCCUCCCCACGACUUGCUUUGCUCCAUUUCUCCACCCAACCGCAGCAACCCAAUCACGGCUUCUACUUCCAGACGACGGAGAGCGGUUCAAAAGAAGGAACGGUGCGGGGCAGAAGAAUAACAAGAGUGGAGCGCUAAUCUAAUCAGUUUUGUAGUAGUGUGUGGUGUAUGGCCUACAGUGAUGUGGUGAAUUUGCUGUUGGCCGUUGCGGUUUGGUGUACUGCUUACAUUACUGUUGCAGUUCUCGCUUCCUUUCGGGCAGUCAAUUACCUCUGUACUUUCUGAAACCUCCUUGCAGUUUCACAAGGUUACCAUGGGUUAUGCACAACUAGUCAUAGGUCCUGCUGGUAGUGGCAAGUCUACCUAUUGCUCGAGUUUGUAUGAACACUGUGUGGCUUCGCGGCGAACGAUUCAUGUUGUGAACCUUGAUCCUGCUGCUGAAAAUUUUGACUAUCCUGUUGCAAUGGAUAUUAGGGAACUCAUUUCUCUGGAUGAUGUUAUGGAGGAGCUGGGAUUGGGUCCUAAUGGUGGUCUUGUUUACUGCAUGGAGCACCUUGAGGAUAACCUGGAUGAUUGGCUCACUGAGGAGUUGGACAAUUAUUUAGAUGAUGAUUACUUGGUUUUUGACUGCCCUGGUCAGAUAGAACUUUAUUCACACGUUCCCGUGUUUAAGAAUUUUAUGGAACAUCUGAAACGGAAAAAUUUUAGUGUUUGUGCUGUUUACUUACUUGAUUCUCAGUUCAUGACAGAUGUGACCAAAUUUAUAAGUGGAUGCAUGGCAUGCCUUUCUGCAAUGGUUCAACUUGAAAUACCCCAUGUUAAUAUCCUCUCAAAGAUGGACCUUGUGACUAACAAGAAAGAUCUUGAUGACUUUUUGGAUCCAGAGCCCACCUUUUUACUGUCUGAAUUGAAUCAACGGAUGGGUCCUCAGUAUGCAAAGCUGAAUAAAGCUUUGAUUGAAUUGGUUAGUAACUAUAGCAUGGUGAGUUUUAUACCACUAGACUUGAGGAAGGAAAAAAGUAUACAAUAUGUACUGGGCCAAAUUGACAACUGCAUCCAGUAUGGGGAAGAUGCUGAUGUGAAGGUUAAGGAUUUUGAUCCCGAGGAAGAUGAGUAGCAAAUAUCCUUCUAGAGUCUCUUUCUUUGUAUUUUGUUUUACUUGGACAUGAUGGUGAAUGAAGCUCACUCACAUUGUUAAUACAGUAUCUCAUUGGAUUGCUAUAAAUGUGAACUGGGAAAGUUAAACAUUUAUGCAAUUUAUCUUUCAAUUGGAAAGGUUGAGGUUGGUCAUUCUCUUUCUAUUGUUUGGUUGUAACAUGUAUUAAGACCCCUUAAAGUUGGUUACCACUACUAUAAAAAGGUGUAUGGCAAAGUAGACAAUUUGGAAUGACAAUGGUUUCAAUUUGGAUA